AUGGCGGGCGGGCAGGCCGUGCCACUGGAGAACGUGCAGUGGGCGCUGGAGGAGCAGCGGCAGGCGGAGGCGGCGCUGCUGGCGGCGCUGUGCCGCCGCGAGGACAGCAUCGCCGCGCUCUGCGACCGCGAGCCGCUGCCGCAGGAGCCCGGCCAGGCCUUCGAGGAGGCGCUCGAGGCGCAGCUCGCCGAGGCCUACCGCGCCUGCCAGGAGCUGCAGGACAAGCUCACRGCGGAGAAGUCGCUGCUAAGUGAGCAGGUGGAAGAGCUCAAGCUGCAGAACGAAGAGCUCCAGGCCAAAAUCGCAUCGCUGAAUGAGCAACUGAAAAAGGAGGAGGAGAAGCACGAGGUCAUAGUGAAGAGCCUGGAGCAGAAGGCAAUGCUGGACAAGGAGAGCCUAAUGAAGGAGAUGGAACAGCGAGUGGAAGCUUUGGCAACUGAGACACACAGGAGGAUGUCUGAGACCACCCAACAGGUCAUCCAGGAGAACGUGGCCCUCAGGGCGCAGCUGAGCAGGUUGAACAGYUACAACAAGGACCUCCUGAAGGACAACGAACAGCUCCAGGCCACCACACGCGACUUGAAGAUCCAAGUGGAUCUCCUGGAGGACAGGGAGAAAGAGAUGGCCAAGCGCUUGGUCUGCAACCGCAAGGUGAUCUCGACGCUCACCAUGUUAUGUGAGAUGCUGCAGGGACUGGGGGACGAGAUGGAGUGGAAGAAGGUGCAGAGGCAGCUGGAGCAGCUGAAGGAAGCRGCAGCGCUGCUGCGCUCUGAGGGGGAGGACUCACGAGCAACGGUGAAGAAGAUGACAACUGAGCAGCAGCACCAGCCGAGGACCUCGGAGAUGAGGUGCAGGGAGAGCAUGGAGAGUAUCCUCAGCAAGGGGGUCAGCAGCAGGGACCUCAGGGAGAGGCCACUGGAGAAGAUUGGAAAAUCCCACUGGGCCAAAUUGCGGAACAGGUUGAUGACACAGGAGCUGUUAGAGUCCCCGGGUGCAGGGCUGCUGCUGGCUUCAAAGGAGAGCAAGAUGCAGGAGCUAGGUGCACCCAAAAGGAGCUCCAGCCAGAUUCAUUCAGUCUUGUCCCCAAGAGCCUUCCCUGAGCUCUCUCAGAAGGUGCCCUUCAAGAUGAAGCUGCUCGUGUCCCACCUCCUGCCUACGCUGAGAGGUUCUGGCCGUUUCCACAGGCUGCCCCUUCUGGAACCGCCUGUGCCUCUGAUGCAGCCUGACGCCUACAGUGAUGAGACUGCUAGUCCGUGA